AUGGCGCCGCGAGUGGCGCUCAGCGACGAGGUGGCUGAGUCGUUGUCUCUGGGGCGGCCCGUAGUGGCGCUGGAGUCGACGAUCAUCACGCACGGGAUGCCCUACCCGCAGAACCUGGCCACCGCGCUGCAGGUUGAGGGUGUCAUUCGGAGCCAUGGCGCAGUGCCAGCUACCGUGGCUGUGGUGGGUGGCGUUCCAAAGGCGGGAUUGACAUCGAUCGAGCUGGAGGCCCUGGCAGCCAAGGGGACGUCCGUGCGCAAGGCAUCCAUGCGGGACCUGCCAAUCGUGAUGGCCAAGGGUUUGGAUGGAGCUACUACUGUGGCGGCGACGGCCUUCCUGGCAGCAGCCGCAGGGAUCCAUGUCUUUGUAACAGGCGGGAUCGGGGGUGUGCACCGAGGCGCGGAGUUGUCCAUGGACAUCUCGGCUGAUCUCAACGCCUUGGGACGCGUGCCGAUAAUGGUGGUGUGUGCCGGGGCGAAGUCCGUCCUGGACAUCCCGCGCACCCUGGAAUACCUUGAGACGCAGGCCGUGUGCGUGGCAGCCUACAGGUCAGACUACUUCCCCGCAUUCUUCACGCCCAGCAGCGGCUGCAAAGCGCCCGCGAGGGUGGACACGCCGCAGGAGGCCGCCGAGAUGAUGCACGCCUCUUUGAGGUUGAAGAUGGGGACUGGCAUUGUGCUGGGCGUGCCCAUUCCAGAGGAAAGCGCCGCGGCGGGCGAGCAGGUGGAGGAGGCCAUCCGCACCGCACUGCACGAGUGCGAUGCCCAGAAGGUGGAGGGCUGCGACGUGACGCCCUUCCUGCUGGAGCGCAUCCGCGAGCUCACCGGCGGCGCCUCCCUGGACGCCAACGUCGCCCUCGUCAAGCACAACGCCUCGGUCGGCGCUCAGGUGGCGGCCUGGCUAGCGCGCAUGUCCAUGGGGGAGGACUGA